AUGGGACGCCAAAACGUUGUCGUAGUCUUUGGCCUUGUCUUCUUGGCCGUCCUUGGCCUCGCCGCAGCUGCCUCCUCUCCGUCUCCUUCAACGUCGCCCUCCAAAGCUCCGGCUGCUUCCACAACUGACGUCGAAGCUCCAAUCACCGAUGACCAGAUCGGAACCACCGACGACGAUGCAGCUCCUACUCCUGGUGAUGGUGACGUGGCAGUCGCCGGUCCUCUAGGAAGUGACUCCUCCUACGGUAGCAACGGACCCUCAAGCUCUACCGAUUCCGCUGACAGCGGCGCGGCGGCUCUCGGCGUCUCUGCGGUCGUCGUUGGUGUUACAUCCAUCGCCGGUUCUUUCUUGUUUUUCUGA